GGCUGGGACUGGAGGCGGGGUGAGGGUCAGUGAUGACGCGGUGACGCAGCGACGCAGCGGCAAGAUGGCGGCGAUGGAGGAGGCGGUGGCGGCGCUCGAGCUGCAGCUGGAGGCAGCGCGGUACCGGGCCGAUGGAGCGAUCUUGCUCGGAGCCUCAACGCUAUCCGGGCGCAGUUGGUUAGGAUCUAUCUGGGUGUUCAAAGAUCCGCUUAAAGCUCCAAAUGAAAAGUUCUGUACGGUCAGUCUCCAGACUCAAGCAGGAGUGGUGGAUGCAUGCUGGGUCUCUGGCCGAGAAAUCCUCGUCGCAUCGGAUUCAGGUGCGGUCGAGCUGUGGGGGGUGGUGGAGAGUGAGGGUCAGAUGGUGAACAAAUUCUGUAAAUGUGAACACGACGACGUCGUUACUAAAGUCAGUGUUCUCUCGGGCGACACACAGGCCGUGAGCGGCAGCCUGGACUGCAGUGUGAAGGUUUGGGACCUGGAGCAGAAGACCGUGCUGAACUCUUACCAAGCUCACUCGGGGUCUGUAUCGUGUGUUGCUGCCUGCCCUGGCAAUGUGAAUCUAUUCCUGUCCUGUGCUCAGGACAGGAGGCUUUUACUGUGGGACAGAAGAAAUGCCAAACCAGCGCUGCGGAUCGACACGGAAUUAUCGCAGUGCUGCCCAACCACCGUCACAUGGCACCCGCAAAACGAACAAGUCUUUGCCUUUGGGACUGAGAAUGGAAUAGUUGGUGUGAGAAGCUUACAGAAUCAGUCGGAUUGCAUUCAGAGCAGUAUGGUUCAUUCCCGGACUGUGUCUGACCUGCAGUAUUCCUCACACAGCUCCCCUCUUUUGGCUUCAGUCAGUGAGGAUUGUUCCCUGGCCGUCGUGGACACCAACCUGUCGGAAGUGUUCCGGAACAGGUCGCACACGGACUUCAUCCGCAGUGUGUCCUGGUCACCGCUCAAGCCCAACCUGCUCACCACGGCAGGGUGGGACCACCAAGUGCUUCACCACACCGUCAACGUGGACAAGGGGGCAGUCAAGGCAUGAGGGAGAAGAGGAGAAGGCAAUGCUAGACGUAGAAUCUUUAUUUUGUACCUUUUCUAUGACCGAGCUACAUGUUUGCAGGUGCCCCCAAGCUGGGAGGAGACACAGGUGACGUGUCCUGACCAUCACAUCAGGGCUGGCGUUUCAACUAUUCAUAACUCUUCACAUUUCUGCUUGCGGGAAGUUGGUUAGCCUCACCAGAAGUCUCUGUCUCUCCCCCCAGCACGUUCCAAACAUGGAAACAAGGAACUGCAGAUAUACCAAAGAUGCUGGAGUAAAUGCUCCAAGUGCUGGAGUACCUCGGCGUGCCGAGCAACAUCUGUGGAGAAUAAUGGUGAGUGAUGUUUCGGGGUCGGGACCCUUCUUCAGACUGAUGGGUGAAGACCACUGCCUGAAGAAAGGCCCCAAUCUGAACCAUCACCCAUCCUUUUCCUCCACAGAUGCUGCCUGACCCGCUGAGUUACUCCAGCACUCUGUGACGUCACCUAUCCA